AUGGCAUUUGACAAGAAUGAUGGGCUCCCAUCACUUGGUGUUCGUGUUUCAAACCAAACCCCAAAACAAAAACUACAAAUAUGCUGCCACCGCUACAUCCUCGCAGCCGCCAAGGUUCUUGGCAGAUUCAACCGUGCCCGCGCUGCCAGGUUGACACUCCCGCAUUAUGCGUGUCAAACUCCUUUGUUUAUGCCUGUCGGCACGCAAGGAACAAUAAAGGGAUUGACAAAUAGCCAGCUCGAGGAUAUUGGUUGUCAAAUAAUACUUGGAAAUACGUAUCACUUGGCCCUUCGACCUACUUCUGAGCUUCUUGAUGAAGUUGGUGGUCUACAUAAUUUUAUGAAUUGGCAACGGGGUCUGCUUACAGACUCUGGUGGCUUUCAAAUGGUUUCUCUGUUGCAUCUUGCUGAUAUCACAGAAAAAGGAGUGACAUUUCAGUCACCAGUUGAUGGAAAACCAAUGCUUCUAACACCUGAGGAAUCAAUUCAAAUCCAAAAUAGAAUUGGAGCAGAUAUCAUUAUGGCUCUAGAUGAUGUUGUGAAGACCACCAUUACUGGUCCACGCGUUGAGGAAGCUAUGUAUAGAACACUUAGAUGGAUUGACAGAUGUAUAGCAGCUCACGAGAGACCUCAUGAUCAAAACUUGUUUGGUAUUGUGCAAGGUGGUUUAGAUCCUAUUUUGAGGGAUAUCUGCGUCAAAGGUUUGGUGGAGCGCAAUUUGCCUGGCUAUGCUAUUGGAGGUCUUUCAGGCGGUGAAGAUAAAAAAUCAUUUUGGCGAGUUGUUGCUCAGUGCACUGCUGCUUUGCCAGAGGAUAAACCACGAUAUGUUAUGGGAGUUGGUUAUCCACUUGAUAUAGUUGUUUGUAGUGCUUUGGGUGCUGACAUGUAUGACUGUGUGUACCCUACCCGUACAGCACGCUUUGGCACUGCUCUGAUUCCUCAGGGAGUAUUGAAACUAAAACACAGAGCAAUGGCUGAUGACACCCGUCCAAUUGAUCCUACUUGCCCUUGUAUGGUUUGCAAGAACUAUACCCGGGCUUACAUCCAUUCCCUUGUGACAAAGGAUGCAAUGGGGUCUCAACUUUUGUCGUAUCAUAAUUUAUACUACAUGCUGCAGCUUAGUAGGAAUCUACACUCUUCAAUAGUUGAAGGACGGUUCCCAGAGUUUGUAUGUGACUUUCUACACAAAAUGUUUCCGAAAGGUGAUGUUCCUGAAUGGGUGUGCGAUGCUAUGGAGGUGGCUGGAAUCGACAUUUCUUCCUGCUGUGCUCCAUUUUCAUCGUGCCAACAUGAUUCCAAAAGCAUGCCCGAAGAAGUUAGUUUAGCGAGCCGGCUCUCUGCGAUUUUCAGAAAAAAGAUGCCUCUGGGGCUCAUUUUAGGUAUAGGAAGAGCAUUUCGAAGGAAGCGAACGUCUUCACUUGACAUUUUAUCAUCUAAACGAGCUCCUCGUGGUUAUUACAAGGGCAAGAAUUGCAAGCCUACUGGUUUCCACACCCGCAAAGGUGGGUAUGUAUUGAUGCAAGAAAAAUUGCCAAAUUAUGUAGUUCCUGAUUUGACUGAUUUCAAGCUCAAACCAUAUGUAUCUCAGUGUCCUAUAGAAGUCAAGACUUCUGAAACUUCCCAAACCGGCUAA